AUAGAACGAAGAAAACAGAGAAAAUAGAUAAGAAACACAAAAAGUCUUUCAGCCAAAUCGUUGGGUUAAAAAAAAUUGAAGCAGAGAGUAAGGCCUUUGUGUUUGUUGUGCAUUGGCAAUGGGUAGCGAAGAAGAGAAGGUUCUAGAGAAACAACUUGAGCAUCAAUUGCAAGAGCAAAGGGGUUCAUGGGGAGCUUGUUCAGGCAAUUAAGGAUGCAGAGGAAGGACUUCUUCACCUAAAACGGGCAAGAUUAUUACAGGAAGCAGAUUUGGUGUUGCACAGCACUAAUCUUUUUGCUGAAGAAGAGAAAGUAGAGGCUCUUGACCCCACAGAUGAACCAGAGCCACUGGAGGAAAGUUGUUAUUCUGUUGGAUCUAAAUGCAGAUUCCGUCACAAAGAUGGGAGAUGGUACAAUGGUCAAGUGGUACAGUUGGAUAAGUCAGCAGCGAAACUUUCAUUCCUUACUCCUACAUCUGAGAACAUGCUGAUCUGCAAGUUCUUUUUACAACAACGAUGUCGAUUUGGUACUAACUGUCGCCUGUCACAUGGAGUUGAUGUUCAAUUGUCCUCACUGAAGAAAUAUGUCCCAACAAUAUGGAAGCCAUCCUUGGUGGGGUCGAGUAUAUGGGCAGUCUCAAAUGCUCAUGCGGGCAUUUGGAAGCGAGCUGAGCUCGAGUCUUGGGACGAGGAUGUCGGAGCUGGACAAGUUGUUUUCCGAGAUGAUGGAAGUUCAGCAAAGCUUGGGGCUGAAGAAAUGGUAUUGUCUGAGUAUGCGGAAGUGAGUGACACAGAGAGUGAUUCCAGCUUAGAAAACUCCGACUCUAGUGACUAUGAGGAAGAGGAAUCACAAGGUUUAGGAUUUCUUGAGAGCACCAACCUACAAAGGGGUGUUCAGACCGAAACUGCUAUAUUUGCCAAGUGGGAGAACCACACUAGAGGCGUAGCAUCGAAAAUGAUGGCUAAUAUGGGUUACCGAGAAGGAAUGGGUUUAGGCAUAACUGGUCAGGGGAUGCUAGAUCCCAUAACAGUGAAAGUCCUACCGGCAAAGCAAUCGUUAGAUCAUGCACUUGAGUCUCAAAAAGGAGAAGAGGAUACAGAGAAACAAAGCAAGAAACGGAGCCGUGGUGGUAAAAGAAAGCGCGAUAAGAAAUUAAUGGAAGCAAUUCGAGCAGCAAAAGAAGACGACGAAUCGAAUGUAGACGUCUUUACACUAAUAAAUAAUCAACUGGCAGUGCACGGCCAAGCUUUAAAUGGUGGAUCAGGGAAAAAGCAGAGCAAAGAUUCCGCAGAAGGUAAAAAGGUGGAUAGGCGAACGUUGAUUGCGUAUGAGGAUGAGGUGAAGGAUUUGAAGUUGAGGGUUGAGAAGCUGGAAGCAAUAGUGAAUAUCAACAGAAAAGAGAAGGCUGUUUAUGAGGCUGCUAUGAGAAAAUUAGCAGAGACACGCAAGGCAUUAGCCGAAGCUGAAGCCACGCAUGCCUCUGCAUCGAAUGCAGUUGUUAGCAAAGAAAAAGAGAAGAGAUGGCUUAAGUUUUAGUUAGGACUUAUGGUUCAGUAGUUUAAGUAGCUGCAUGAUAUAAUAUAAAGCCUUCAAUUCAUUAUAAAGCUAUCACUUCAAGAAGAAAACAAAGGCAAGGAUAUUUCACUAAAUUAAGAUAUUGGUGAAUUGAUAUAGAUGUUGUAUGUACAUGUUAUGUGAUCCUUCUAUUGAACGAUGCAUGCACUUUUUACUGAUGCGGUAGAUUGUGCUGCUCUUUUUGUUAGUUCUCAAUUGCCACGUUUAAGACGAUGGGAGGAUUGGUUAAAACGCACUGGGGACAAGUUUAUUAAACUCUCAUUUUAACUUGUAAA